AGAGGGUCUUCCUCCCUCCUCCUCUUCCUCUCCUGGCGACCCGCUCCGUCGGUCCUGGCCGGCAGACGGAGCAGACCUCCGGGAAGGCAGCGUGGAGCGGAUCGCGGCGCUGAUCUGGAAUGAUGGAGACUCUGCCCUCUUAGUUUCUGGAACUUCGUCUCCCUCUGAAAUAACGCAGGAAACCUGAUUCCUCUGCUGGAAUUUUAUCCUUUAUUUCUUUUCUUUUUUUUUUGGGAGGAGAUAACAGGGUUUUUUGGGUUUUUUGCCUCCUGUUCCUCCUCCAGCCUCUUUUUCUUCAUGGUUUCCACCUGACAGCUGGAUUCUGCAGGAUUUUUGGGGAAAGUGAGUGGGAUUGUGGGGCGAAUCGUGUGGAUUCUGCAGGAUUUGGGAGCGUUUCUCCUGAACUCAGAGGGACUGGAGCUGGGCAGCAUGGAGCUGGGCGCGCUGGGAUGUACUGGGGAUGUUUGGAGGCUGCUGGCUCCCGGGAUGAGGAUGAGGAGGGUCUACCUGCUGCUGCUCUGCUGGCUGCUGGGAGCGCACAGCUCAGCCCAGGCCUCCGACGCUCCUUCGUCUUCCUCUUCCUCGUCGCCCAGCCCUGGCUUUGUGGCCUUCUCCUUCACCGUGGAGCCCCAGGACACGGUAACGGUGCGGGGCGGGACGCUGCAACUGGACUGCCAGGCCCAGGCGGGCUCGGCGGCGGCGGGCCCCGCCUCCAUCACGUGGCGUAAAGAUGGCGUCCUGCUGAGCGCGGUGGUGGACGAGCGGCGCCGGCCGCUGGAGAACGGCACGCUGACGGUGCAGAACGUGGUGCACUCCCGGCACCACCGGCCCGACGAAGGGGAGUACCAAUGCCUCGCCACGCUGGACGGGCUGGGGAGCAUCGUCAGCCGGACGGCGAAGGUCACAGUGGCCGGUCCGUUGAGGGUGAUCGUCCCCACAGAGUCGGUCUCGUCGUUCCUGGGCGACACCGCCCUGCUGCGCUGCGAGGUCUCCGGCGACCCGAGGCCCGUCAUCCGCUGGCAGAAGAACCGGGAGGACCUGCCGCUGAGUUUCCAGCCCGAAUCCCGGCUGGCGGUUCUGCCGUCCGGGUCGCUGCAGGUGAGCCGGGUCCAGCCGCCGGACUCGGCGACGUACCGCUGCCUGGCCGACAACCCGGGCAGCACCAGAACCGGGACGGACGCCGAACUCCGAGUUCUCCCAGAACCUGGGCUCAGCAGGAACCUGCAGUUCCUCCAGCGUCCGUCCAGAGUAACGGCCCUCCUGGGAACAGACGCCGUGCUGGAAUGUUCCGCCUCCGGUUACCCGACUCCCAGCAUCCAGUGGAGGAGAGGAGAGGAGGUGAUCCAGAGCUGGAACAAGAAGUUCUCCCUGCUAGCAGGCAGUAACCUGAUCAUCAGAACCGUCACCGACGACGACUCCGGCGCCUACAGCUGCACGGCCUCCAACAAGAACCAGAACAUCACGGCGCAGGCAGAACUCAGCGUCCAAGUUCCUCCUCAGUUCCUGAACUACCCGACCAACAGCUACGCCUACGAGGCGACCGACAUCGAGCUGGAGUGCGCCGUGACGGGGAACCCGCUGCCGGCCGUCCGCUGGAUGAAGAACGGAGAGGAGGUCAUUCCCAGCGACUACUUCCAGAUCGUAGACGGAACCAACCUGCAGAUUCUGGGUUUGGUGAAAUCAGACGAAGGAUUUUAUCAGUGUGUCGCUGAAAACUCAGCAGGCGGCGCUCAGGCCAUGGCCCAGCUGCUGCUCCGAGAGCCAGUGUCCCCCAGCCCAGGCGUUGCCCUCCCCUCUGCCCCCCGCGACCUGGUCCCUGUCCUAGUGUCCAGCCGGUUCGUCCGGCUCAGCUGGCGCCCCCCGGAGGAGACCGGAGGAGGCGUGCAGACGUACGGCGUCUACUACUCCCAGGCCGGAGUCGAGAGGGAGCGGUCAGUGAACGUGUCGGAGCCGGAGUCUCUGGAGCUGACCGUGUCCAACCUGAAGCCCGAGGAGAGCUACAGCUUCAGGGUGGUGGCGUACAGCGAGGCGGGGCCCGGCCGCAGCUCCGCCCCCCUGCAGAUCGCCACCAAGCCUGACCUCCAGGUCCCCAGCAGGGUGGAGUCUCUGCGGGCCCUGGCUCUGUCCCCCACCUCCAUCCAGGUGAGCUGGGAGCCGCCCAGCCUCCCUAACGGACCCGUCCUGGGCUACCGGCUGCUGUGGACCGAGAGCCCGUCCGGAAAGGAGCAGAGCGUGGAGGUGAGCGGGAUUAACUACAAGAUGGACGGACUCAACAAGUUCACCGAAUACACGGUCCGGGUUCUGGCCGUCAACCGCUACGGACCGGGCACCGCCUCCGAGACGGUUACCGUGACGACGCACUCCGACGUGCCCAGCGCUCCUCCUCAGAACAUCACCCUGGAGGUCGUCCUGUCCCGGAGCAUCAAGGUGUCAUGGCAGCCGCCCCCUCGCAGCGCCCAGAACGGCAUCAUCACCGCAUACAAGAUCAAAUACAGGAAGACUGGUCGCCGUGGAGACCAGGAGGCCAUCGAACCCAACAACUUCUGGUACUUGUUCACAGGUCUGGAGAAGGGCAGUCAGUACAGCUUCCAGGUGGCGGCCAUGACGGUGAACGGAACGGGUCCCUGCAGCGACUGGUACACGGCCCAGACGCCGGAGAACGAUUUGGACGAGAGUCAGGUUCCGGACCAGCCCAGCUCGCUGCACGUCCGGCCGCUGCCCAACAGCAUCAUCAUGUCCUGGACGCCGCCGCUCAGCCCCAACAUCCUGGUCCGCGGUUACAUCAUCGGCUACGGCGUGGGAAGCCCCUACGCCGAGACGGUCCGAGUGGACAGCAAGCAGAGAUACUACUCCAUCGAGAACCUGGAGCCGAGCUCUCACUACGUCAUCUCACUGAAGGCCUUCAACAACGCCGGGGAGGGAGUUCCUCUGUACGAGAGCGCAGUGACCAGAUCACUGACAGACCCCAUUGACCCGUUAGAGGACGACCUUUUCCACCUCUUUGAUAAAUUCCCAACUCCCAUGCCAGACACCAGCACUCCCAUGAUCCCCCCAGUAGGAGUCCAGGCCGUAGCGCUGUCCUCGGACUCGGUCCGCGUCUCCUGGGCCGACAACUCCAUGACCAAGAACCAGAAGUUGUCGGAGGUCCGGUACUACUCCGUCAAGUGGAAGUCCAGCGUCUCGACCAGCGGGAAGUACAAGUCUGCAGACACCACGGCUCUCAGCCACACCGUCACCGGACUCAAACCCAACACCAUGUAUGAGUUCGCCGUCAUGGUAACCAAAGGUCGGAGGUCCAGCACCUGGAGUAUGACGGCCCACGCCACGACGUAUGAAGCAGCUCCAAGCUCCGCCCCCAAAGAUCUGACGGUCAUCAGUCGGGAAGGACGCCCUCGUGCCGUUCUCAUCAGCUGGCAGCCGCCGAUGGAAGCUAACGGACGGAUCACAGGCUACAUCCUGUACUACACCCUGGAUAAGAACAUCCCCAUCGACGACUGGGUGAUGGAGGCCAUCAGCGGCGACCGGCUGACCCACCAGGUCGUGGAUCUGAACCUCGACACCGUUUACUACUUCAGGAUUCAGGCCAAAAACGCCAAAGGAGUGGGACCUCUGUCGGAGCCGGUGCAGUUCAGGACGGCUAAAGUGGAGCUUCCAGACAAGAUGGCCAACGACCAAGGUCGGGGAGAACACGCCUUCUGGCCGUCCGACACCAACCCGAUCGACAGGAGCAGUAUCAACGAGUCUCCCAUUGGUCAGAUGCGUCCGCCGCACGGCAGCGUCACGCCUCAGAGGAACAGCUACCUGCUGGUCAUCAUCCUGGUUUCCGUGGGCGCCAUCAGCGUGGUCGUCGUCACGGCGCUCGUCUGCAUCCACCGCUCGUCCUCCCAGCAGAGGAAGAAGCGGGCCAGCCACGGCGCCGGGAAGCGUAAGGGCAGCCAGAAGGAGCUGCGGCCGCCGGACCUGUGGAUCCACCAUGAGGAGAUGGAGAUGAAGAACCUGGAGAAGGCGUCCAGCAUCGCCCCGUCCGGACGCGACUCGCCGCUCCAGGCCUGCCAGGACCGCCCCCAGGUGGCCCACAGCCAAUCAGAGAGCCAGAUGGGCAGCAAGAGCAGCCACUCAGGAGCCGACGCCGACGAGGCGUCCAGCGGCAUCUCCACUCUGGACCGAUCCGUCACGGCCAGGAGGGGAACCAGGGCCAAGAUGAUGAUCCCCAUGGACCUGCAGCCCAGCAACACGCCUGUGGUCAGCGCCAUCCCGGUUCCUACUCUGGAAUCCUCUCAGUAUCCGGGGAUUCUGCCUUCACCGUCCUGCGGCUUCACACACAACAAGUUCAGCCUCAGGCCCAUGCCGUUCCCCAGCCUGACGGUGGACAGAGGAUACACACCAGCAAUGCCGUCGGACUCCUCCGCCGCCCCCCUGCUGCAGCAGCAGGCUCCGCCCCCUCCGGCCGCCCCGCUGCUGCCCGGUUCCGCCGCUCCCGCCUCCGACCCGGUCCCCCCGGUGGGGCCCGUGCCCGGGGCCCCCGCCGCCUCGGGCCCCUCGGAGGAGGCCCAGGCGGCGGCCGGGCGCAGCAUCCCCACGGCCUGCGUCCGGCCCACGCACCCCCUGCGCAGCUUCACCAACCCGCUGCUGCCGCCGCCGAUGGGAACCAUCGACCCCAAGGUCUACACCUCCAUGCUGCCGCAGGCCGGUGCCAGCCUGCCGAAGCCCCAGGUGAAGACGGCGUCUCUGGGUCAGGCCGGGAAGGCCCGCUCCCCUCUGCUGCCCGUCUCGGUACCGACGGCGCCGGACCUGCAGGAGGAAGGCGGAGCCAAGCCGGCAGAAGAUUCAGCCACCAACGUGUACGAGCAGGACGACCUGUCGGAGCAGAUGGCCAGUCUGGAAGGACUGAUGCAGCAGCUCAACGCCAUCACUGGCUCCGCCUUCUAACCGCUGGACCGACCCGGACCGGACCGGCACCGGCCCGGCCCUUCCUCAGCCACGGACCAAUCUGCUCUGACUGACUGGUCGCCCAGAUCUCCAUCCGUUUGGUUUUGCUGGUCUGGGCUCUGAAAAAGGGAAUGAAACUCUACAGCAUCCAGCCCAUGAACAGAACCAGCUGUGGGCCGUUCAAACUGAAACCCUCUAGAUUCUCCGACCCAAACAUGAACUGGGACAAACCCGACGCCUCCAGGACGGGAAUAUCACAGAAAGACAACCAGUGUCACAUCCUCCGUUUCUCCUGUUUGUGGUAUUUAUUAGCAUCGUCCUCCCAGACUCGGCCACUGUGACCGGACCUCGCCUACUGUCCGCCGGUUCUGUUGGAAAUAUUCCUUCAUCACUUGGUUUUGCAGAACGUUUGGAAAUCUGCGAUUCAGAAAGUGAAACAUCUUCAGCCACAUUUUCACUGAAACGUGAUAUUUUUCACAUGGACCUAAAGUUUCCCAUCAUGCCCUGCUCUUCGUGUUUUCUCCUUGAUUUCCUUUUCGCCGACACAAACAGGAAGUCCUGCUGAGCGCCAGGCCAUCCGUCUCCAGGAACGUUCAGAAGGAACCACCAUCGACUCCCACAGUCUGACCCAACGUUAGCCGUUAGCGAUAUUAGCUUGUGUUGCUGCCAAAUUCUGACCUUAGGAAGCUUCUAGUGAAUAUCUUUGUUUUUGCUGCUUGUUCUCAUCCGUCUUGAUGCCAAACAGACCAGAGGCCGAGAAAGAAUAUUGUGAAGGAAACAAAACAAAAUCAAAUUAUUUUAGGUUUGAGUAAAAGAAGAAACCGUCUGGAUUUUAGUUCCAACAUUAUUUCUGUGACAGUAACUGAUGGUGUCGCCUCAACUUGGCGGGUCUAGGAAAUGUUGGAUGAAGUGACGUUUCACUGAUUCGACUCAUUUACAGAUUAAACUGCUGGCUGUGUUUUAGUUAUACUCACUGAUUCAUGGCCUGUAAAGUGAGAGGGACGAAAGUAAACAGUGAAAACAUUGUGGUAUCCAUAGCAACACUAAUGCUAACACUAGCAUUAGACUGUUAGCACUGGCACGCUAAAGAUCUGUCGACUAUCAGUAAUCCGUUACUGACUUUAGUGUUAGCCCGCUAACAGUGAUGCUCACACUUAGCAACAGCAAUAACAUGCUAACAGUUAGCAUUGUUGCAGACUUGAAGUGAGCAGCUGUGAAACGGUUAGCCUUCAGAUUUCCCGCCUUUCUGUCCUGUUGCCUAGCAACCAUGACAGUGCUGAACACAAGCUGCUAAAAAUGGAGCCAGAACUUUUCCAGAGUUUUAGUUAUUUAAUCCUUUUAGUAAAUUAAAUUUAAAACGGCAGUGAACCCGGUGAACCCGGUGGACCCGGUGGACCCGGUGA